CGACGGAGCUUUUUUUCCCUUUGGUUAACAGUAACCAUCCACGUUACCUUAUCUUUGCGGACACUGCUUUGGCAUAUGGGGUUUUAGGCUCUUAGUUGCUGCUGGGCUGGGGUUUGGUUUCUGAUGCCAAGCUCAUCUCAUCUGUGUCAAAAUAGGAAAGAAAGAAGACGAAGGAACAUCAUCAGAUAUCUGCAACUGAUUGUGUGUUGAAAUGACUCUACAACAUACCCUGAGGCUUCCAUAUCUCUUCUCAUCACCAGAACAGAACAAAUUCAUAGUACCCCUUUCAUUAGCUUCUUUAGGUCCUCAGUCUCAAGACAUUCGAGCUAAUGAAAACAGAAUAUGGAUGAAGAACACCAGUGUACCAACACAUGGUGGUGGUAGCUCCAAAGUAACUAGAUUGUAUGCUUCUAAAACUGUUGAGAAGGUCGGCUCCGAUGAAGAAAAGGGAGAGCCGUUUAAACCGUUUAAUGACUCUGAUGAGGAGGACGAACCUUGUUUAGGUGACAAAGAUGAUCCCUAUUUGAUGGGUUCUGAAGAGAGACGCGAGUGGAGAAACAAAAUUAGACAAGUUUUAGAUACCAACCCUGAUGUUGAAGAGGAGUUAGACCCUAUUGAAAGGACGAAGAAGGUGCAACAACUUCUGGCCAAUUAUCCUCUUGUUGUGGAGGAGGAUGAUCCUGAAUGGCCUGACGACGCGGAUGGGCGGGGUUUCAAGUUGGAUCAAUUCUUUGACAAGAUUACUAUCAAGAAUAAUACGGCAAGAAAGGAUGACAAUGAUAAUGAUGAUAGCGACAAUGAAAUAGUGUGGCAGGAUGAUAAUUACAUUCGUCCCAUUAAAGAUGUAGUAACUGCAGAAUGGGAAGAGACUGUUUUCAAGGACAUCAGCCCUUUAAUCAUUCUUGUACAUAAUCGCUAUAAAAGACCAAAAGAAAAUGAAAAGAUUCGGAAUGAACUGGAGAAGGCUGUACACAUCAUAUGGAACUGCAAGCUACCUUCACCAAGAUGCAUUGCAGUUGAUGCUGUUACUGAGCAUGAUUUGGUAUCUGCUCUCAAAGUGUCUGUCUUCCCCGAGAUCAUCUUCACUAAGGCUGGGAAGAUUUUAUAUCGUGAGAAAGCAAUUCGAAGUGGAGAUGAGUUGUCAAAAGUGAUGGCCUUCUUUUACUAUGGAGCGGCCAGACCACCUUGCUUGAAUGGCAUUGGAGAUAGGCAGGAACCGAUUCCAUAUGUCUCUGCCAAUGUCCAACCAUGAUAUUGUGAUGAAUAGUUUGUACUUUGCAUGGGGUUGGUGCUAAACUGUAAUAUUCCAGGGUUGUUGGUAAAUUCUUCCUCCUAACAGUUAUUAAGGCUAAGCCACAUAGUUUGGAACUUCUUUAAUAUUUUAUUACAGGAAAUAGCUUUGUGUGU